UCAGCUUUGAGUGACUCCCAGCCUGAAAGCUUUUCCCCAGUGGCCUGUAGUCACCGACUCGGUUUUUACAUCCAAACGGAAUCAUGCCUGGGGACUCGGGAAAAACAGACAUGGAAAGGAUCGGCCUCUUCCAGGAGAUGAGCUAUACUUCUGUUCAAGAUCCGUAUAUCGAUGGAAUACCAAAACCUUUCAAUGAGGAGGCUUACAAAGGCAAACAGUUUUUGGUGGAAGGCUCAAAAAAGAAGGCAGCCACUCAGGCAGGAUACUUUGAUCGUGAAUUUACACGCAUUUUUGAAAAGGAAGCCUAUUCUGAUCGGUUUAAAUUGAGAAGACAAGCAAAAUUGAAGGCAGCCAAAAAGAACCUCGAUGGAGUUUUCUUUCCAAGCCAGACUCCAAAGAAAUGGUCUGGCUUGGGAAGUUACUAUGGAACAAUCGGUGGUUCAUUCAAAGCCUUCAGUGGAAUAGCGAAGGCAAAGCAACCAUUUGUUGCGGAAAAUAAAAACUUUUACACUAGCCCUGGGAAAAAAGGAACAGGCUAUGGGUAUUAUAACGUCACCAUAGGUCCACCGUAUGAACACUCUGCAGAUGCUUAUAUAGUAAAAGAUACAAAGGGUGGUGAACAACUUGAACUACAAGACUGUUGAUCGUGUAAUGGUUUACUAAUGAAAGGA